UCUGAUUAUUAUAUUGUGCAUAGACUUCUCCACCUGUUAACUCACCUUCCUCCAGCGUGUUUUUCUUUCUGUGUGCCCUUCCGCCUAUUGGGGAACUAUAUUUCGUCCCUGUCGGUUGGGCGGAGGGAUCCGGCAUCCGACCUGGGCGACGACACGGAAAAACCCCCACAACAGCCUUUCCACAAUGUUGUUCCAUCAAAGGAUAAAACUUUGGUACAGCUUCUGAUGAAUGUGAUGGAAAGCGACACACAGACAACUGAGAGAGAGACGCCGCCUCAGCACUGGAGAAGCUGCAAGUUGAUCAUUGACCCCGCGUUGACCAAAGGACUAUACAAAGUGCUCCGUUAUGAUGGACUACGUUUUAACAUACCCGUGGAGGACUUAGGUCUGUUUCCUGUGGAUGCUCUCAGAGAUCCACGCAUCAGCCGACUGUGGAGCAAAUGCAACAGGACUGAUCUCUCGGUGCCUAAAUUUAAGGUUGACGAAUGGUAUGUUGGCCCCGUUCCUCCCAAAGAAGUGACAUUUUGCCGGUUGAACGACAACGUGAACGAGGCCUUCCUGAUGAACAUGAGCGAGAAGCAUGGGGACGUCGAGGAAGUGGAAAUAUUUUACAAUCCAAAGAACAAAAAGCACUUAGGGGUUGCGAAGGUCGUCUUCGACACAGUGCAGGCGGCGAAAGACGCCGUCCGGCAACUCCAUCAGACGUCCGUAAUGGGGAAUAUCAUUCACGUGGAAGUUGAUCCCAAAGGGGAGAACAGGGCUCGCUAUCUCCAGCUCCUCUUACGUGGCUUUUACACUCCUUGGACGUUGCCAGUGGGCAGCAGUGAGCAAGCUCUGCAAAGCUUAAUCGACAGUUUGCUGAGUAGUGCAGCCACGCAGCGACAAGGGGGUGUUUCCAGCCCCACCAGCACUGCCACACCCCUCUCUAUGGAUACAGCAUACUCCAGUUUUUGUCAGGACACACCUGGCAGCUUCGGGCUCACACCACGUUCUCAGGGAACCCCCCUCACUCCUUGUUUGUCUGCGACCCCCCUCUCCCAGGACUCUUGCUACUCCAGUCUUCAGGCGACCCCGGUCCUCCAGGGGGAGCCCUCCACCUUCGGCGUUCACAAACCUUUGAGGCGAGAGCUCUGCCGUCUCAAACCUGCGAAUUAUCACUGGAGAUCCCGCGGAGUAUCAGACGUCAACUUCAUUUUGAAGCAUUGCCAACCGCAGCCACCACACGCCCUCUCUUCGCAAACAAGCAGCCAGCAGCUCGCACCGUGGGGUCACGGGGCUCAAUCCUCCACUCAAAAUAAUACAGAACCUUCCUUUAGCCUUGCGUCCCCCUGUCAGGACUCCAGAGAUAGGAUCACUGCUACCUCUAAAACUUUACCUCUGAACUGCAGCUCUUACAGCAUCCUGAGCAUUAAUUUCACUGCUGAGCAGCAAAGAGCAGCAUCCUCCCCACCUGUUACCCAUGCAUGCAUUACAGACUCCAGCAGCUCCCAGCAAAAGGUAGAGAGUUUGGACUCCCGCAUUGAAAAUCUGCUGAUACACAGCCAGGGCACCGACUCCUCAUACUUUGACAGACAGACUUUGGAGGCCGAUGUGCACUCUCUGGACAGCCCAGCUUCACCGUGCUCAGCGAAUAACUCCCCUUUCUCGGACGACUCACUUGCUUGCACUCUGAUGUCUCGUGGGCCCUUCACACGAGGCCACCAGCGCUCCCACAGUGACCACUCCCACAGCGACCUGCUGCAUGAUGGUCAGACACCUCUCAGUGAAAAUGAAGAGGAUGAAACCACUCGAGCUGUUUCAUUUCUUAUGAGAUACUCUCAGUCUCCCGCUGCAUCUUGUUUCACCGAUUUCGAAAGGAGAGCUCACAUGAACAACGAAAAAGAUGCUAAAAGGUUCAGGCCAUUCUCACGUCCAAAGGAGCGUCAUGCAGGAAAUGAGGAGGCGGGCUACUCAAAUAACAGACAGUCGGGAGCCCUGACGCCAACAGCAGACAUCUCUCUUCCUCAGCCUCGGCCAUUUCCUUCUCAACACCUUAACCCCAAUGCUCCGUCUGCAAGUACAGCCAGACGCCCCCAUCCACCAGUCGCACCUUUCCCGUUCGCCAUUCCUCCCUUUCCCCCACCUAUUCCGCCUGUCCCACCUCGCCUGCCAAAUGGCACCAUCCCGAUCCCACCUCCAGGCUGGAUCCCCCCUCCUGGCCAUCGCCUCGGCAUCCCCAUUCCUCCUCCUCCUUCUAUUCCACCCCCAACAACUUUUCUGGAACCCCCUCCACCUUUGAUGGUUCCACCUACUGUCCCGCCUCCUGUGCACACGUACCCCUUAUCCAUGCAGCCUGCAAGCAGUCUGGGUGAGGGGAAUCCUCCAAGGCAUGGUGGUGCACCUUUACCGUUCCCACGACCACCCUGGCCCGCUCCUUUUCCCAUGUUUAACCCCUUUGUUCCACCACCAGACUACCUGCUUGUGUGCGAAGACCCUCAUAAGGUCACAGUGGAGAAGGUUUUAGAAGUUUUCAUGGACGAACUGAAGUCAAUCAUUAAAAAGGACAUUACACGUAGAAUGAUUGAGGGGGUCUCUUUCAAGGCAUUCGAGGACUGGUGGGACAGUCAAGAGAUGAAAACAAAGAUACAAGUUCCUUCUUUGAAAAAUGGACCGGAAAGUGUUGACGAGACAAACAAACAAAUAAAUCCCCUAAGGCAUAUGAGUGGCCAGGGCAAAAAACCUCCACUGCCAUCCUUCAAGGUCAAAAAGAAACAAGCCGAUGAUCCCGCUACAUCAAAGGAGACAGAUUUUGCUUUGUCCUCUGUGCAUGAAAUUUCUGAUGUGAAACAGGAGGACGACGUAGUGAGACCUGCAUCUGAGAGGCCUAAACGCAGACAUGCGAGACCACACCAGCUUGACAGUGAAGAUGAUGAUGAUGAUAAUGAUGAAGAUGAAGGGAAAGAAGCAGAUAGCCAAAUUCAAGGUGAAGAAAUGAUACCGGCCAAAGCGGCCGCCAUUGUGCCAGAAGACAGUGCUGCUCAAAACCUGUGUGACAGAGAUCACGACGACGAUGAUGAUAAUGAUGACAGCAAUCCUGCUGAGGAUGCAAACAAAGUGGCACAAAAGCCCACAGAGGAUGAAUCAGCUAUCAUCCCCCACACGAGCGGUGGAUCGCACUGCUCAGACGGCGACACUUUUUCAGAGAGCAGCACCUCGGGAGAAAGCGAGUACACGUCGGACCUCGACUCCUCGUUCUCCUCCGGCAGCUCUGACGACUCCUCCUACUCUGACCUCAGUCCUGAAGACAAAGACAUGGAGGAGGAUGAUGAGGACCACGGCCGUUACAGGUGUAUAGUUAUAUCGUCGGACGAAGAGCCAAUGGAGCUCGAGCCUUCCCUUGACCCGGCAGCCCCGCUGACCCCCGGUGCUCAGCUGGAUCUGUGCCUGCCGCACUGGUCAGAUCCAUUUCAUGGGUCGGAGAUGGAGGAGAACCCGUACGCAUCCUGCCAACAAGACUCCCGUGACUUUGACACUCUGCUGGAGCUCCAAACCAGUGGACCCCGCGAACUACAGCCCCCGUCACCUCUUGGACUUCCAGUCGAGUCCGACCUUGACGUGGACAUGGAGGGCCCUGAGUGGACUGUGGAGCCUCUGGAAACCAUAGAGAACCUGAGGCCUCUCACUCCUACUGGCUGCUUGGUGGACAGUGACCCAGACCUUCUGAUUAAAAGCAAUCCAACAUCUCCGGCUGCGGAGGAGGUGGAACGACCACAAACACCAGGCAGGGGCACAGUGGCUGCUCUGGAAUGUGGGGACUCCAGUGAAUCCAGUGAAUUCCUGCCCCUCUCCCCCGCGAGCAGUGAGCUUGCUCUAGCUCCCUCUGAUCUCCCAGCCGCCGCGUAUCAUUUAUACCAGCAGACACCUAAAACUCCUGGUCGAGAGGAGAGAUGUGGAUGGACUCGGUGCAGCUCUGUGAGAGCUCCAGCAACACCUGGCAGAGAGACAACAAUGUCAGAAGUUUGCUCACCUCUUAGCAACCCACCGCCUAUUCCUAGGUCCAACAAUCCAUAUACAACAGCCCCAAAGACUCCUGGAAGAGACAUUAUCCUUCCCCGAAGAGCAGCAGUCCACUGGAGGAAAAUGCAAAUUGUGGCCACCUCCCAUCGUCUGUUGUGCGACGACUCCCUCCGAGGUUCUCCCAUCACAGUGUCCUCUCCACGCAGCCUCGAUGAGUCUUCGUCUGACUCGGCCGAUGGGAGGGGUGCACGGGAAACUUCAUGUGUGAGAACGAAGCCCCUGCAGGGACUGGAGAACAUGCCUGGCCUUCUGGGUGAGGAGGAAUCCGAAUUUAGGCGAAAACGGUGGAGGAGGCUGAAGAGGAGAUGGAGAAGCCAUCAUCGGCAGAGAUCACUCAAAAGACUCACUGGUCCGGCCUCGCACCACAGGCGUCCUCGCAGGUGGCGUUCACUGUGUGAGGAGAGGAGAAUCCUCCACAGCGUCUGGAAGGAGGGUCUGGAUGACGAAGAUGCGAAGCUGCUGCAGUUUGCAUAUGAAAGGCUGCAAGAGCAGGAUAAUGGCUUUGGGUGGCUCAGUGACACUCUCUGGAUACCUCACCCUCUGACCAAAGUUCUCACAGAGAAGAGUGAGGAACACAAACCCUGGCAGCGAAACCACAGGACCGGCUCUGCUCGCAGCGAAGGGUUCUACAAAAUCAGCAGGAAGGACAAAUUGACAUAUCUUAAAAACACAAAGCUGGACACUGAGCUUCUAUCUACAAGUGCUCAGGGAAUGUCCAUCCCAGCACAGCAGCCUACAUCACUGCUGCGUGCUGGAUCGGACUUCAGGUCUGAACAGCGCCGUCUGCUGUCCUCUUUUAGCUGCGACAGUGACCUGGUCAAGUUCAACCAGCUCAAGUUUCGAAAGAAGAGGAUUCGUUUCAGCCGGAGUCACAUCCACGAGUGGGGACUGUUUGCCAUGGAGCCUAUAGCAGCAGACGAGAUGGUGAUUGAGUAUGUGGGCCAAAUCAUCAGACAGGUCAUCGCUGACGCGAGGGAGCAGAGGUAUGAGGAGGAGGGCAUCGGAAGCAGCUACUUGUUCCGGGUUGAUCAGGACACCAUCAUUGAUGCAACUAAAUGUGGGAACUUAGCCAGGUUCAUCAACCACAGCUGUAAUCCUAACUGUUAUGCUAAGAUCAUCACCGUGGAGUCUCAGAAGAAGAUAGUGAUAUACUCCCGGCAGCCAAUAAGCAUCAACGAGGAGAUCACAUACGACUACAAGUUUCCCAUUGAGGAAACAAAGAUUCCCUGUUUGUGUGGAGCAGAUGGCUGCCAUGGUUACUUGAACUAAUCUCUAAUGAAGUGUCCUGAUUAUGUCGUGAGCCAAAGUUGCCUGAGUUACUGUACAAUAUAAACACCAACACCAGAUACGUGUCAAAAAU